UGAUUAGAGCCAUCUAUUGGAGAAUUAAAGAAAUACAGCCGUAUAAAGGGAAAUAACUUAUACAACGCUUCCUGGAAGGUGCAUCUGAAUUAUUAAUUAGCGUGAUUAAUUAUCGAUCACUGACUCGUUGUUUAUAUCUGAAUACGAUUAUCACAUCCUAUUGAUGUAAAAGACAUUUUUUACAUUCCUUUUUAUUGACUUUCAUCAAUUAAAGGAACACCAUAUAUUUAUAAACCACAUUCAUCAAUACGUCAACGUCUUUAUGUAACUAAAAUCUCCAACAAACGGUGGAAAAUACUACUUCUGGACAAUGGAAUUAACAGCAACAUCUUCUUGUCUUCACUGUCUGGAAUGUAGAGGAGGUGAUCACUUUACAGGUUAAUUAAACUUGGUUAACUUUACGAAGGAGUUGACAGUUUUCACCUGUUGAUUUAGAUAUUAAAUAAGAUCACAGCUGAAAGAAACAUAACAUUUAAUUUAUUCUCUGAAAAUUGUGACUCAGUUGAACACAAACAUAUUCAAAGAAAUGAAACAACACUAUCGUGAUAUACACGACAAAUUAUUCUCUCAAAAUGGAGAAUUUAACUAAACCAAAAAGCUUUGAUACAAGAGAGAAACCAUAUUCCUGUGAUAUCUGUGGUAAAUCAUUCUCUCGAAAAAGUCGACUGACUAUACACAAACGUACACAUACAGGAGAGAAGCCUUAUCAUUGUCUAACCUGUGGUAAAUCAUUUUCUGACGUUAGUCUCUUCAAAACGCACAGACGCAUUCACACUGGAGGAAAACCAUUUCAUUGUGAUACCUGUGGUAAACGAUUUUAUCAAAAGAUUCACUUGACUAAUCACAUAUACAUUCAUACAGGUGAAAAACCAUAUCGCUGUGAUAUCUGUGGUAAAUCAUUUUCUGUAAACAGUUCCUUGACUAGUCACAAGCGUAUUCAUACUGGGGAAAAACCAUAUGACUGUGAUGUCUGCGAUAAAUCAUUCUCUUCUAAUAGUAACUUGAUUUAUCACAAACGUACUCAUACUGGGGAAAAACCAUAUCAGUGUAAUAUCUGUGGUAAAUCAUUUUCUCUGAAUUCUAACUUGACAAGGCACAAACACAUUCAUACUGGGGAAAAACCAUAUCGCUGUGAUAUCUGUGGUAGAUCAUUCUCUUGUAAUAAUCACUUAAUUCAUCACAAACGUAUUCAUACAGGUGAGAAGCCAUAUCAUUGUGAUAUCUGUGAUAAAUCAUUCUCUUCUAAUAGUAACAUGAUUCAGCACAAACGUAUUCACACUGAGGGAAAACCAUAUCGCUGUGAUAUCUGUGGUAAAUCAUUUUCUAAAAAUAGCACUUUAUCUUGUCACAAACAUAUUCAUAAAGGAGAGAAGCCAUAUCAUUGUGAUAUCUGUGGUAAUUCAUUCCCUUGUAAUAGUCACUUAAUUUGUCAUAAACGUAUUCAUAAAGGUGAAAAACCAUAUCAGUGUGAGAUUUGUGGAAAAUCAUUCCAUAGUAAUAGUCACCUGAUUUAUCACAAACGUGUUCACCCAGGUGAGAAGCCAUAUCACUGUGAUGUCUGUGGUAAAUCAUUUUCUGGAAACAGUUCCUUAACUACUCACAAACAUAUUCAUACUGGGGAAAAGUCAUAUGACUGUGAUAUUUGUGACAAAUCAUUUUCUAGACAUGAUAGCUUAACUAGGCAUAAACGCAUUCAUACUGGGGAAAAACCUUACCAGUGUGAUAUCUGUGGUGAAUCAUUUUCUGAAUAUGGUACUUUAACUAGUCACAAACGUAUUCAUACAGGAGAGAAGCCAUAUCAUUGUAAUAUCUGUGGUAAAUCGUUUUCUCAAAAUAAUCACUUGACUAGGCACAAACGCAUCCAUACUGGAGAGAAGCCAUAUCAGUGUGAUAUUUGUGGUAAAUCAUUCUUUUGUAAUAGUCGCUUCAUUCGUCACCAACGCAUUCAUACUGGGGAAAAAGCACAUCAAUGUGAUAUCUGUGGUAAAUCAUUUUCUGAAAAUAGCACUUUAACUUAUCACAGACGUAGUCAUACAGGAGAGAAGCCAUAUCAUUCUAAUAUCUGUGGUAAAUCAUUCAUUGCAAACAGUGUCUUGAAUAAACACAAGCACGUUCAUACAGCGAAGAAGCCAUAUCAUUGCGAUACCUGUGGUAAAUCAUUUACUCAAGAAAGAGUCUUAAGUAAACAUGAAUGCAUUCAUGCAGGAGAGAAACCACAUCACUGAUAUACAUAUAUAUAUAGUAAGGAGAAUGUACGAAAAAAAAACAACAACAGACGAGGACAGGUGGUGUAAACAACAAAAGGAUGUAUUAGUAUGACGCUCGGGAAUACGGAAAGUCGCUAACGUUUCGAGCUACGCUCUUGUAAUACCUUCUCUUAUUUGUCCAAUAUUCUUACUGAGGAAAAGCCAUAUCAUUGUGUCACCUGAGGUAACUCAUUGAUGAAUAUCAACUUCAUUAUUAUGUAUAUAUCUCAAGAUAUCAACACAGCGAUGACUUUGAUUUCUGAGGAUGAUUGUGCUGGAGUUUUGAGGAAUUUGUUCUGAGAGAAUAAAGGAAUAGGAAAAAUGAAUAAAAGUUUGAAGUAACAUUGA